AUGAAGUCAGGAGCUCAAAAAAGGAAGGAAAGGGAGAAAUUACUUCUGGCUUUAGAUGCAAAGAAGUCAAAGAAAAUAACUUCAUUCACGAAUACGAUUGCUUCGGCAUCCGCAUAUGCAGUACAAGCAGCCACAGCCACAGAUAAAACUGUGGCAGUGCCAGUGGCCAUGUCUACUGAUGUCCAACCUUCUACAACUUCAGCAAUACCAACUAUGACAAAUUCAGGAACAGUUGUCAUUGUCACUGUCUCUUCUAGUACUGCACAACAGACACAGACUUCUGCUUUAACUUCAAGAAGUGCCAUCUUUGCUAAAAAGGAUGAUAGUAAUGUACUCCGUGAUGGUUACAAUAAGUGGGUUAAUGUUAGCAACCGAAUAAAAGAACAUCCAAUGCAAAAGAACCAUAUUGCUGCUUGUGAGACAUUAUUAGCUGUGAUGUGUGAUAAAACAAUAUAUUCACAAAUUUCUAAGCAAUGUGCAGAACAAGUACAGCAGUUCAAAAGAGAAGCCGAAGUUCUACAUGAGUAUUUGCACAGAAUCAUUGACUGUUUGCGAUAUAUGUGUUCAGAGUCAAUACCUCAUCGAGGAAGUGAUGAGAACAAUUUCUAUCUAUUAGCUGAUAAAAAUGAAGCUUUUCAACCUGGUGCUGGGAAAUUCCUAAAUUUGGUGAAUUUGUUAGGAAUAUAUGAUAAAACUGUGUCCACAAAAUUGCAUCAAGUUAGAGAGCAUUAUCAACACAGACCUGGAGAAGGUCCAAAAGGGAGAGGAAGUAAAAUAUCACUUGUGUCAAAUAAUACACAAGACAAGCUUGUCAAAACAAUGGGUAAUCUGGUAAAGAAAAAAAUUGUUGAAUGUGUAAAUGAUGCAGUAUUCUAUAGUAUAUCUGCUGAUGGAACCACUGAUAUUUCAUUAUGUGAACAAAUGGCCAUAACUCUGCGUCUGGUUCAAUGUGAAGUAACCACGGGAGAAGCAAUCACUGAGGAAAUUAAAUGUUCUCUAGAACGAAACAAUAUUCCAUUGGGACAAUGCGUUGGGAGUUCUUUUGAUGGAGCAUCAAAUAUGCAGGGAAAGCAUAAAGGAGUUGCCACUCGUAUUCAAGAACUUGCACCAAUGUCAAUUAAUGUGUAUUGUGGUGCACAUGCAUCAAAUUUAGUAAUGAAAGCUUGCUGUCACUCUUCUGUUGCUGCUGUGAAUAUAUAUGGGACAGAUGCAAAACCAGGUGAACUGCAGAAACUUCGUUCAUUUCUGUAUGGCAAUGCUCGAAAACGUAACCAAAUAUUUCAAGAAAACAAAAAGAAGUGCACAAAUAGCAAACUUCGCUCCCUUGAGCUGGCAGGCACACAUACAAUCAGAUUUCUAUCACUUCAUGAUGCUACAGAUAGAGGUCUGAAACUCUACAGAGUUGUUUUGGAUACACUGCUACAAAUUUAUGAGAACACUGAUGAAUUUGAUGCAACAGUGCGAUCUGAAGCUGAAGGCCUCCUCAACAAAUUUGACUCAUUUGAUACACUUGCAACGCUGCUACUUUUUGACGACCUGUUUGAAAUUCUGGCACCACUCAACUUAUCUCUUCAGACUAGAAGUAUUGACUUGCUAGUUGCAAUAUCUAUUGUGGACAAUGCAAGUAAAAAACUGCAGCUAUUGAGAGAUUCAGCCGCACAAGAUAUGAUAGCCAAAGCAGAGAAGUUGGCAAGAGAGUUGAAACUUUCAUCAACGGAAUUUGAAGUCCAACGAGUACGUAGGAAGAAAAGGCAGACACUGGAUGAGGGCGUAGAUGAAAGAUCUACCUCAGCAAAAGAUAACUGGAAGGUAGAAGUAUUUUACACAGCUAUAGACUCAGCCAUCAAUGUCCUACAGGAGAAAUUCCAAAGUCAACGCAGUGUGCUGGCAUCAAUGUCAUUGUUUCAGCCUCAAUGA